AAGAAAGGAAAGCGGAGUGUAAAAUCACUUCCGUGCUUUGCAAAUUGCAACCGCUUUGGAAAACAACUUCUCGCGAAUCGAAUUGAGAUGGCUCGCCGUGAUGAUCCAAAUCCUUUCGAGGAGGACAACGUCAAUCCGUUUGCAGCGAAUUCUGCGCCGAAAUCGCGGUUGCAUCAGGCUGCGGAGCGGCUGGGUUUUGGUAGCAAGCAUGAUGCUACUGUGGACAUACCACUCGAUACAAUGAAUGAUCCCAGGAAGAAGGAAAGGGAAAUUGCUACUUGGGAAGCUGAUUUGAGGAGGAGAGAAGAGGAUAUAAAACGAAGGGAAGAUGCUUUGACUAGAGCUGGAGUACCGACUGAUGACAAAAACUGGCCGCCAUUUUUUCCGAUUAUUCAUCAUGAUAUUGCCAAAGAGAUACCGGUUCAUGCUCAACGGUUGCAAUAUUUGGCAUUUGCAAGCUGGCUUGGCAUAGUCCUAUGCCUUGCAUUUAAUGUGAUUGCUGUUACUGUUUGUUGGAUUAGAGGGGGAGGCGUCAAGAUAUUUUUCCUUGCAAUAAUCUAUGCAUUGCUUGGAUGUCCUUUGUCAUAUGUGCUGUGGUACAGACCCCUGUACAGAGCUAUGAGGACUGACAGUGCAUUUAAGUUUGGCUGGUUCUUCUUGUUUUACCUGCUCCAUAUUGGUUUCUGUAUUGUGGCUGCUAUAGCUCCUCCAAUUGUAUUCCAUGGGAAAUCAUUGACGGGUAUUCUAGCAGCAAUUGAUACAUUCUCAGAUCAUGUUUUGGUUGGGAUAUUCUACUUGAUUGGGUUUGGUCUCUUUUGCUUGGAGACACUAUUAAGCUUGUGGGUGCUUCAGAAAGUUUACAUGUAUUUCAGAGGACAAAAAUGAAGAUGAGGCUUGGGUGAAAGUUCAAAAAUGCGGCUGAGUAGCAGAAAGUACGAACAUUUAAUAUUUUCCUUCAUUCAACCGGUUGUGUUUGAUGUGAAUAUAGGAGAUUCUGUCGAUUUUGGGAGUGGGUCAGUCCCCUCAAUUUACCAUGUUUACUUUUAUUCUCUUUGUCCAUAUCAAGAUAAUUUUCAUUCAAUUGGCGUUCCUUAGAAUUGCCAUACUCUGCUCUUUGAUCUUUGCAUUCUGGUUGUUACUCAUUUUAUUUUUUACCAAAUCAUGUAAGAUGUUGUAUGCAUUUCUGCACUCUCUAAUACUAUUAUUGGAUCA